UUGACAAGGAUACCAGCAAAAAGAAGGAAGUUUUGCCUCAAAAUCCACAACCUGUUGAACAGGUGACAAGAGUGAUCCCCUUCAGCUUGACUGCAGCUGAAGAUUCAGAGGAGGAUGAAAUAGACUCAGUAUACCCCCUGAGUAAUGCCAAGAUAAAGAAGGAAGACUUAGUAGUCGCUAACAUUGGGUGGUGGUGCUGUAAAUAAGAGAAUCACUACAACAAGAAGCAAUAUGUGCAAGAUCUGCAACAUCUUUAUCUUCCUCACAAUCGUAAUCGUAAUGGCUUCGCUGUCAUUUUUCAUUUCGAGCAGAGAUUAUUGGAUCAGAAUUUCGUUCUAUGGAGAUAAAGUCGUGAAAAAGAACUAUGAUGCGAUGAAAGUGAGGCAGAUCGAGUUUAAUACCCAGAACUGCAUUGUAUACCUACUUGAAAAGGAAGAUCCCAAGAAUAUUGAAUUGACAAUCAGUGCUGAGAGAAAUGCAAAGUUGAAUCAGAUAUUGGAAGGAAAUAAAUUAUCUGUCUCAGUGAAAGCAGAAACUGGAGGUGCAAGAUGCUAUGUAAUGGCAAAGAUCCCAGGAGGGCAAGUUCUUGAUAAAGUAUCCUUCACAUUCGCCAAGGAUAAGACUAAGGAUGUUAUGGUAUAUGAUCAUAAAGAUGGCAGCAAAUGGAAAACACCUUUGGAUAUCAAGGAAUUCAGUGUUAGUGUAGAUGAUUCGAGUCCUAAGUUUUUCAUUGAGAAUGGGCAUAAAGUUCAUCACCUGUUUAUUCAAGGAGAUUAUUGUAUUUGUAAUUUCCAUAAAAUGAUUAUUUACAACAUGGAUUUUAAGGUGGCCUUUGGAAGUCUAUCAAUUAUUCAAGGCCAGAGCAUAUCCCAGAACAAAAUUACUGUCCAAACUCCCCAUGGAACCCAUUGUAUUGCAAGUAAAACUAUAAAUACUGUUGACAGUAACUGCCCAGACCAAAAGCAGAGGGAUAUAGGCAUCACUACCAAAAUCAUUGAUACUUCUAAAUACUGCAAAUCCGAACUUUACAUGUGUUCUGAUUUAGCAGAGGAAUGUCCUCAGGCUAAAGAAAUACCAGAAGCAUGGCAAGGCAACUUUGACAUAACUCUUAAUGAUGGUCCUGUUCAGAUACUUAUUGAUGGUUCCACAAUAGAGAAUAGUGUUUCAUACAAUCCUACUUUAGAUACUUUUGCUGUGAGCUCUCAAAACCAGUUGAGAACAAAUAAGGAAGAAUUUAGCAAGGAGGAUAAAGAUCCUAAGAUAUUCAUCUAUGAGCUUGUGAGUCCAGGCUACUCACAAACGUGGUUACAUUCCUUCCUCAAGCAAUAUCUGCAAGCAAGACCUUGGGUGAUUUCAUUAUAGUUUCCCUUAAUUUCCUAUCUCCAGAGUACAGCUAUAAUACUUUGAUACAUAUACCGGGAAGGGAGUGCCCUAACCCUCCAGUUUUGCCUAUUCUCUCAAGAGUGCAGAUCUCUGAUAAGCUGAAGGAGCUUAGUUUUAGACAAGCAAAGGAUUCUUUUGUUGAAGUUUCAGACAAUAAUUAUCACGAGUACUUCAUGAACGCUGAGAACAAACCCAAAAAGGAAACUGUAAGCUUCAUUGAUGGCAAUCUGCUAUUAGUCUUGUGUUUCUGCACAAUGGUCAUCGCUGCUGUCAUCAUGGUAGUAGCUAUUCUCUUUAUCGCAAUUAAACUCAUGGCUGGCUAUGAAAAAAGGUAUAAUAAAGAUCUUCAGAGAGCAAAGAGAUUUUCUGAGGCUAAGAGAGAAAACAGGAAUCAUGAAUCUGUCUAUUAUUACCAAGCUGAGAAGAAACUGAGGGAAAUGAAGAAGAAGACAAAGUACCUUAGAUUGGGGAUAGUAUCCUCAGCUAUUGUAGAAGUAGACCAAGAAGACAUUGAGGGUGAUGAGAGUUUAAGCAAGAGGAUCACAACUAGCAAACUAAUACAUCUUUCCUUCUUUUAAAACGGUGAGUUUGGUCUUGGACUAUCUCGAGAGAAGGAACACAAACUCGCUCAAGAAGUUCCUCAGCAGCAUCAAAGUUGAUGAAAGCCGUUUCGAAGGAUAUGAGGGAGAGGAGAUUGGUAGAUUUGAGAUGAGAGCUAUCAGAAUGGACAGCCUUGUUAGUAAAUACCUUGAAUACUGCACAAGAUUUGGAUACAAAGCACUCAAUAUUCAUGAAAAUGAGCAUAUUUUUACGAGUAAAGGAUACCUGGUUGAGAAAAUCCAGAACAGUUCUACUUCAGCAUUCACUCACAUCCGCUGGAAGACUUACUAUGAGAAAUGCAAGCAUCAGAAACUGAAAAGAAGAGGGCUUAGCAAUUCUGAGUACAAAGUAAAGUCAGAUAGCAUUAUUCUCAGGUUCUUGUACAGUGAAUGCGUCAGAAGCGACAAUGACUCAGAUUUCAUUUUACAAAGAGACCUUGAGCAAAAGUAUUUGAUGUACUGUGAAGAGAACGAAAUUCAAGAGAUUGAUAGAGCCAAUAUUUCAAACUCAAAGAAGCUCAAAGAGUUUGGAGCAAUAUAUAAGGAGAAGUUCCCAGUUGAAUACGUUCUUGGCAUUGCAGAAACCUACUCUGUCAGCCUUGAUUAUGAGAAAUCAGUCCCAGGGCUAGUCAGAAAAACAGCAGGAGAGAGAAACAGAGGAUGGCUUGCGUUCCUUAGGUAUGAUGCUGAAGGGCGGCUUCAUCCCUUUUGGCAAUUCUGGAAAACUCUCUUCUGGAACAUCUUUUCAAGCUUGAUCUAUUUCGUCCUAAUCUUUGGGAUUCCUUUGUUGUAUCUCCUCACCAUCACUUGAUUCUUACAAGAGAUUAACUUUAUCCAGGAAGAUAUAAAUGCACCUGUAUUCAGGCUGAGUGACAUCUUCAAUGCCAGCUCAUUUGACUUCUGGUUUAGCCAUCUGCCACAUAAAUGGUUAUUCUUCCUUCUGCUUGGAUUAGCCAUCUGUUCCAUAAUGUCUGGCUUGGUAGAACUCAUUCUGUUCUUCUUGACAGACACCCCAAAUACAGGUAAAUAUCCAACUUUGCUAACCUGGGAAAGGAAAGUCGUCAACGGAGUAUUCUGGUCCUUUUUGAUGAUAUAUCUUGUACUGUACCUGACGUACUUCAGCAUUAUACUCCUGUGGUGCAUCCUUGGGUCUAUCCUGAGUCCUGCAAAGUUCUUGCCUAUAUCGACAGGAGCAGCUGUGCUGGCAGCAUGAAUUUAUUACUUCUAUGCAACCAUUACAGAUGUUGACAAGAACCUCAAAGACACCAUUGGCAAGAUCGUAGAUGAGCAGCUGAGGAAUACAGUCAUCAAGAAUAUUAGAGAGAAUAGCAGGAUGAAAGGGAUCCUUGAGCAAGUAGAAAACCUCCCUCAGAUCACUUUCAAUAAAGCAUUUAAUGUGUUCAUGGAGCUUAACGAUUACCCGAUUGUCAACAGAGACCUAACUGACGAGAUCCUGAACGGAAAUGGAGGUGUCUUGGUGCAAGUCCUGAACACUAACAUGGGUAUCGAUGAGAAUGUCUCACUUGCUCUGGUCGGUAUCGUGAUGAACGAUACUUCUCUGAUACUUGAAUGAGUUAACAGCCUCUCGAUCCAACUAAACCUUGAUCCAACAUUUAACAUGAUCUUCACUGAAAUUAUCCUGGAAAGCUAUCAACCAAAUGAGAGGGAUACAAAGGCUAUCUCGAACUCAGUCAUUCUUUCUACGAAGAGGUGUUGCAACCAGUUUUUCCCUGGCUUCCAAACAGAAGUAAUUGAUGAUGUGCUCAGAGUAGUUUAUGACAAAAAGAUAGAUCCGCUGAAGGAGCUUGCCGUCAAGUUUGGAGUGCCAACAGAUAUCCUCGAAAUAGGCAUCCAUCUGAUUAAGCGUGAUAAGUUUACAGCCCAGCACUACCUAAAUGAUUUCUCUGAGAGUAUUUUGCCAAAGGAAAGCAACAACCUGUUUGUCCUCCUCAAAAGAUUCUGCAGCAAAGAUGUUUUUGGAAAGAAUAAGAAAUUAGGCACUUUGUUGAACCUUGAGUUUGAUGUAGCAAUAGACCUUAUCUUUGCGAUGUGUGUUAAAGGAAGAGACUCAGGAAGGUACUCUCUUCUCAAAGCAACAUCUACCUUAUGAAAGGACUCCAAGCAUGCCGCUUUGAGUCGGGCAGAGAAAGCACUCAAGGACAGAUACGUCGCCCUUGGAGUAGCCACUUCAGGAGAUAGAGUAGAUGUGGAGAAACUUGCAAAGAACUCCAUAUUUGAUGUUUACCACCCCUCUCUGAUCUCGCUAGUGAAAGCUUCAUUGGGAGAUAGGUUUUCGCUGAAUCAGAUUCUCCAUAACUUGAAUUUGGAAGAGCAUUCAAGAAUUGUCACAGAGAUGGCAGAAAUGGUAUUUGAUGAGAAAAUCGAGUUCACAGACAUUUCCAGCAGACUAAAUGUCCCCCAAGAAGAAAGUAAUUCAAUAUUCUAUUCCGAUUUGUCUUGAAGAUUACCUCUGUGAUUCAGAAAAUUGAAAGAUGUACAAAUAUUAAAAGUCAGAAAGGAUUCUAAUCCUAAUAAGGCCUCCCCCUGUGCAGGAAGCAAGUUACUCUCUUUCACUAACGAUAAGAUCGAAUCUAAAAACUGCUUCGAUGAAUUGGUCAAGCAUGAUUUAAUUGCAGACAAAUCUUUAUUCAAAAAUGUCAGAGGCAAUAACCUUGAUGACCUCUUCAAUUUGGUUGAACUAGAGUACCGAAGCUGUCUCAAGAAUGGCAUUCAGGAUAUCAAUAAACAAACAUUCAAGGAGAUUAGCAAGGACUUGAACACCCUUACUAACCUGGUGACUGACAACGUGUUCACAACUCUGAAAUUUAAAAGCAGCCAAAGGAAUUGUCUCGAAGCCUUGCUAAACUUGCUCAUGUCAGUGAUUUAUAAGUCAGAGAAGGAGAAUUUGAGCUAUGAGCAAAGAGAAAUUUAUGAGCACUCUAUCAAGAUAGUCAGCAAUAUGCUUGAGAUAAGAGCAGAAAUCGUUGAAUUCAUCAUAGACUUGUUCUCAGGGGAGCCGUACCGGAUCUUUGGAUUCCCAUGUCCAAAGCCAAAGAUAGAUAUCCCAUCCUUUGGAAGUAAGCUCCCCAUGGAUAAGUCAAGGGUCUAUAUCUUGAGUGACGCACUGAGGCUGACUUUUAAUCAGGUUCGCAAGAUUGGUGGAAUCUGGACAUACAGUCAGAGCGCGAUCAGAGAUGUGGUUAAGAGAACUAACGAUCACGAGCCCAGUGAGACUGAAACUCUCUGUGAGAUCCUUGGAGUUGAUCCACGCUUCUUCGAAAUCUUAACAGAGUAUUGCACGAACAAGGAGGAAGAGAUCUCUCACACCUCUACCAAGAAGGAUAUCAGUGAAUUCACUGUUACUUGUUUCACACAAUUAUGGGAGGAGGUAGAAUCUAGCCAUGAAGAAAGCAAGGAUGGCCAAGAUGAUCCUUGGGGACUUCCAAGUAAGAAGGCCAUUUUCUGCAACAAUUUUGUCGAUGAGAUCCACAAUAACUCAGAAUUAACUCCAGAGCACAAAGAUGUAAUCACGAGGACUUUCGAGACAAGUUUUGAUGGCCAUGAAGGCAUGGUCAAGACCGCUGCAGUUAAAGGUGACAGAAAGCAACUUCUCAAAAUUUUCAAAAUCUUAGUUGAUCUGGUGUACAAGAAGAAAUUAGGAAGCGUUCUGAAGGUCGAUGAUGAUGAGUACAAACUACUCAGGAAUGCAAACGAGUUGCUAGAGGAGAAACAUAAAGAUUGCUUACUUGCUUUUAUAAUGAUAGGGAAAUAUCUUAAGAAAAGCAAGGGUAUGCGCAAUGAAAGGAACCUGAUUAAAUUAAUACACCUGCCGGCAUUGAUACUGUUCAAUGGGGUAUGCCUGACCUCCUCACUUAAAGCUUUGCCUCCUGAUAGCCCAGCGCUAAAGGAUUUCAUUGAGGUUCUGCAGACAUUAGUCACCUCACCAGGAAAAUUGAACAAGCUAUAUAAUGAAAUAGGAUAUCUUCUUCCAUGACUAUUGGAAGUUGGAUUCUUCGAUUUCUUAUUUAGCGAACUUCUAAUUAACAAAGAUAGAUUUAGUCAAAACCAGAUCAACUUUGGAACUAGGAAAUUGAUGUCAAUCAUGAUUGCUUUCUCUAUUCAUGACCAAGAUAGCGAACUUCUGAAAACUAAUGUCGUGAGCUUAAGUAAUGCGAAGUCAAGAACUACUAUGAAGGCUCUUCUCUCUGUUGUCGAUAAGAACCCAUCUGACGAAGAAAGUUUGAAAGGAUUCUUUAAAAUCAUUGGGAUUGAUCAUAAACUGGCUUAUAACUUGCUAAAAUUGUCAACCCUGGACCCUAGAAUUGACUCAUACAAGGGGUGUUACAAUAUUCUGGAGAAUCAUUGCUCAAACCCCUCUCUUGUGUCAGCAUUUGUAUCCCUAUUCAAGAAAGAUGUGUCUAACCUAGCCAUUAUUGCGAACACUUUAGGAAUUGACUUGCAGAACUCGUUGCUAGUCAUGUCUCUCGCUGUCAAGAACACAAAGAUUCCUUGGGGUAAACUUGCACAGAGAUUGGGCAUCAAGAACAGCCAUGCCUUAGAGAUCAUUGCCAGGAUCGCCUGUGGAGAUAUCAAAGUCCUGGAGGGCAUCAUGCUUCGAAAUAAGGACACUCUGACAGAGGCAAAGUACUCCCUCCUCGAAGCCAUGAUGACAUGCCAGGAGGAGAAAGUUAAAAAGUGGAUGUCCCAUGAGACUAUAAACUUCAGAAGAAUCUAUAAAAGCUGAGACAUCAUCUCAGAUCAAUUCUGAGAAAAUCUAGGAAUCGAAGAACAAAAGUUUGUGAUGCCAAGAGUCCUUGAGAGGGUAGAUCGAAUCGAGGCUAAUGAUUCCCGGGCCAAGCUGAUCCACGCCAAAACAUUCACCAGCAAAUCCUCAAGAAAUAAGGACGAACUUAUGCACAGAUUGCUCGAAAAUGAUUCUUUGAAAGAAGAGGAUAAGGAUGAUUCCUACGUAGAAGAAAUAGAAAUGAGCGAUCUUGACCUCCAAUCUCGGGAUGGCUUUGAGCAAGACAAGGGCAGCUCUAAAGAGCUGCGUUUCAAAGUCCCUAAAAUGGAUCAGGGCAAGAAGUCUGCUUCUACUAGUAUCAAGGAAGUCUGCACUCAGCUGAUAUUAUUCAGCAUUGGUGACCUCGAUGCUACCAAUUCAGUAUUUUCUAAACUUAAAGAGCUCUACAAGAAGAGGGGUAAACAGAUUCCAUACACCAUCAACGAGUUGCUCAGGUUCCCUUAUAUGAUGUUUAAGAUAUGUGACAAGACAUCUUUCACUUAUGAAUGAUGGCGCUUAGGAGCUGAAGGGAAAGUUAUUAAGAAAGUCAGAGAUGUCAAAGACCCAGAUGUGCUCAGAGCACAUCAAUACUUUACAGCAUCAAGGGCGAAUAGGUAUGAAAAAGAAAUCUUCCCAAGAGAGAACGAAGAUUCUACUCUGCUCACACUAUCUGAAGUGUGGCAAACUCAUUUCGAAGAUUAUAAAGAGUCGUCUCUCAACGAUAUGGUGGGCUUGAUGUCUGAAGUUCACGAAGACUUCUCAAAAUCCGCGAAUAAAGAUAUUUUCUGUACUUUUAAAGUGACUAAAUUCUACGAAAUGAACCAACAAUACUAUGAAUGCCACAUGAGCGAUAAAUCUACAGUAAACCUGUGUCUCGGAUGCAUCAAUUUCUGUCAGUUCGAUUCCUUGUGUAAAUCAACCCAAAAGGAAGAAAGCAAAGAAAGAAAUAUUUCAGGAGGUUUGAAGUUUAUCAAAGUGAUUCCAAAGAAAAGAGAGACUAUUUGAGAAUGAGGCCACAACCGAGAGCUUACCGAGAAAAUAAAUGGCUGCACUCUUGAGAAUUUUGAAAGAAAAUUCGACAACAAACUAAAUCAGUGCUGCUUGGGAGACCUCGAACUGCAGAAACGGAGAAGGAAGUUUAAUAUUGAGGGAAGAUUCAAAUCCAAGGGAGAGCGAAACUACAGUUUUAAUACUGAAGUAAUACCAGCCCCAGCUGUCAUCGGGCCAGAUCCAAGAGAGAUGCCUCCAAACAAAGUAGAAGUUUUCAAGAUUGCUGAAGAAGAUGUGGGAGAGAUUGAUGAUGCACAACAAGAAGCCAGAGAAGAGGCUAAGGAAGAAUCUAAGCAGCGGAGCUCCCAGCUUGAAGAGGAACGUGAAGAAAGAAUCACCUUUAAUACCAAAGAAGAUAUGGGCUCCUUUGGAACUGAAAGCUACCAAGAAAGUGAAUCCAGUGGAGAUUUCGACGAAGACUCUAUUGACGAAGGAGUCCUAUUCCAAGCUUCAGAGAACAUGCAGCGUUUGGAUCAUUCAGACCUAGGAAGCGUGAUGUCUGAUUCUAAACUCCCAGGGUCAAAAAGAUUAGUGAAAUUGGGUGAAAUACCAGCUGACAGGUCAUUUGAUGGGAGCCAUUAUGGUGCUUCUAAUGAUGAAGAAUCCAGUGAAAGCUCAGUAAGAAAUGGAGGGGGAGAAGUUUUGAUUCAAGACCAUAAGAUGAUUGUUGGAGAAAGCCUUGAAACAGGAGAUCAACCAAUAGGUUCACCAGGUAAUAACGCAAUGACUUCUCCAAUAAUUGAAGGGGAUCAGACCCAACAACCUUCCAUCCCUGCCUUAAGAAAUAAGAAACUCUGGUAUAAGUUCCAGAACAAUAGGAAUUAUGUGAACGUGCUCGAUCUUUUCGUUGAAGAUCUCAUUGAAGCAUACCCGAUCACAGGAGUGAGUCCUAGCAAAAUGAUGAUGUUUGAUGAACACCUUGGCAAAGUGGUGCAUCUGUACGAACUCUUGUGUCAAGGAUACAUCUCUCCUGCAUAUCUGAGGUUCCUUACAGUCAAGAGACGAGGAGAUGGGCUUCUCUACAACCUAUAUAACAAGUCAAACCCAGGAGAUGAUAAAUUCUUUGGAUUCGUAAGCACCUGCUUCUCAUUGCUCUUCGGAGAAUUUGGGCAGUUUAUAAAAUAUUCAGAUUGCUUUUUGGAUGAGAUUGGGAUGCUCGACUCUAAAGAUCUAGACGCCAAAAGAACAGCAGUAAAGAUUAUGAUGCUGCUUCACGACCCAAGUUACUUCACUAAAUGCUUCCUUCUCAAAGGUAUGGGAGAUAUCUACAACGGUACCUUCUCUAGCCUGUUUGGAGAGAAAGCAGAUGUUGCCCAAUUCCUCCACGCUGUCGUUGCAUCCCAGCCAGGCGCUCUACUAGAGAGGGUGAAGGUAUACGACUUGGCUGAUUCUCAGAAUGAAUUUGGAAAAGGCAUUAUAUCAAGGAAGGAACAAUUCAAGAGCUUUCUGUUUGAGAAAUGCAACUUCGACGAUGACUGUUACGACUGGCUUAAAACUCUCUUAUGUCUUGUACUAGGAAAUACCGAUCGGAUUAACUUCAUUGCCAGAGAGUAUGAAAUCACAACUCCUCUGAUGGGGAUCUUGAAGGCCCUCUGAUCCAGAAGAGUAACUGAAAUGGACCAGCUCUUCAAAGCCAUAGGGCAAGAGCCUGGAAUCGGUUUGACAGAACAAAUGUGAAUGCUCAGUGCAAAUCUUGUCAAAGGAGAAUUAGGAAGAUCAUUAUAUCUACAGGAGCAUAAAAGAGAGGAAUUCGAAGAAGCAUUGUCUAAUUGUGAAGGAUUUGAAGAGAGCCAUCAAAAAUAUACUGACCUCUUUAAUUUCAUUAUUUCAGAUGGGUUCAAAUCAGUAAAAGAAUAUAGGAAUACAAUGGCUGGAAGGGGAAUCGAGAAUCCACCAUGGGUCGCAAGUGACAUUGCCACAAAAUAUGAAAUCAGGCAAUUAGAUAGCAUGCUGAGAGUCAUUGAGGGGACUUGUAGUGAUCAAGACAUCAGAGAGAUCUUUAAUUCUUCAAAAGAUACAGACAUAGAGGUGCAUGAUUCCUACUUAGAGCCCAUUCACAACUUCAUUGGAGCGUUGAACGGGAAAAUUCUUAACUUUGGGUAUACUUGUGAUGUGCUGUUUUAUGAAAACAAGACUUGGCUCUGCUCCCUCCUCACUUCAAUUUCCGCAAGGAAUAGACUUUUCUGUGUCAGAGAGGAGCAUCUGGAAAUUAACUCAGACGCCGAGAUGACAAUGGAAGCUGCUGAAAAAGAGAAAACUGAGUGCUUAAAGGCAAUUCUGAAGAUACAUCUCAGAGCAAUUUUUUUCUCUUGCAUCAACCUAGACCCUACAAAGGACAAAGCUGACCUACAGUUACUAAGGAAAGAUCACUUGAUAAAUACAUUUGCAUAUAUCCUUGGCAACUCAUUGUUCAUGGGCAAUCAAGGGCUUCAAAGCCUCAUGCAGGUACGAGAUGAGGUCUUCAACCACAAAAUAAUUGAAAAAGAGAGCUUCAACGCCUUGGAAGAACUUAUCGAAGACAAAGGGUUCAAACACCUCGAAGCACUGAUGGGCUCGAUCGAGGAGAACUUAGUUAAAGAUACAAAAGAUACAAAAAUAAAAUGGCUUAAGGGGAAAGACCUUUAUAUUGAGAAUUUAAAGCCUGUGACUAAGUUUACAGAGGCAUUUGAGAAAGCCACAAAGAAGAAGCUAUCGGACCAGACAGAUGAGCACUUAAAGAAAAUCUGAGGAGACACCGAUAAAAAGAAAGCAGCAGAGUACAAAGCUCUACAAGCUACUUAUGGGUAUGAGAUCUUUAAGCAAUCAAAGAUCAAGAUUAAGUUGUCUUCAAUGAUUGAGCUUCUGCUCAAGAUUUCCAAGAAUGAUCUGAAGAGCCUCAGAGAUCUGAUGAUGUUUACACUCCCUCUAUUCUCGAAAAUACACAGAGGAAUUGAAAUUCUUCAGUUUUGUAUGCUGGUUAUUGAAGAGAGACUGCCAAGGGUCUCCCAGAAAGCCCAGACUGAUAAAAAGCAGACUUCUGCUUUGGUCAAGAAGUUACCAGAAUUGAUUGAGAUUUUCAGAGAAGCAGUUAUUCACAAAUCUUUAAUCAGUAAGCCAGCUGCAAAGAAGCCAGCUCCUAAGAAGAAAGUAGUUCCUUCUAAGAAGGGUGAUCCAAAGAAGAAAGUUGAUCCGAAGAAAGUUGACCCUAAGAAAGUUGAUCCUAAGAAAGUUGACCCGAAGAAAGUCGAUCCAAAGCAAAAGAAUGUUGUAGUGAAGAAAGAUAAGUUAAAAACAUUGGCUUCGGCUCUUGGUGCUUCUAAAGCUGCCAAGUCUCCUUCAAAGCCAGCACCUAAGGCUCCUCCAACGCCAGCUCCUAAGGGUCCUUCAAAGCCAGCACCCAAGGCUCCAGCCAAGCCUGCGAAACCUCCUGCCAAGAAGCCGGUAGUUAAAAAGGAAGAUCCCCAAGUAAAGAUUGACAAGAGUAUGAUGAAAGCAGUUGCAAGCCUCAUCUCGCUCUUCAUGUAUAUCUUCGAUACCAGAGAUAGCAACCCAGAUGUGCCCGAAUACAUGGCCAAAUUUAGACUCACUUUGAUAGAUGUCAAUGCAGCAUUAAAACUAGCUGGGAAACCCCAGAUCGAUGAGGGGCGCCAAACAAACUUGCUCACCUUCAUUGUAGGAGUCUGCAAGGAGGACUACAAGAUGCUUAUAAACUUGGCUUGAGACCUCGGAAUGUUCGAGGACAAGAAGAUCAAGAACUUCAUCAACAUUUUCAAGAAGUUCCAGACCAUAAUCUACGGAAAGCAGGUGUACGGAAUCCCUCAGCUAUCUCAAGACCUUACUCGUAUGCAUCAUGCCGUGAAGAAGUCCUUCAAAGAGCAAAAUUACAGCCUGAGGGGAGCAGUCAAGAUGAUUGCUAGUGAAGGUGCCGAAGAAGCUAAGGUCAGGAAAGAGAAUGUGAAGAAGGAUGUCUCUAAGAGAGCUAAGCAAGCAGGCAACUUUGUCAUUAGCUCCGUCGGCAACCAGAUGACAGACCUAGUUUAUAAGGACCUCUUCACCAUGUUUGACAGAGAUGGCUCUGGAGUUAUAAGCUAUGGUGAGUUUAAAGAUCUUUGCAGGUAUAUGGGUCUUCAGAUGAACGAAGAGAGAUCACUAAAGCUCUUCGCACAGGCUGAUUAUAGUGGCAAUAAUUAUAUUGAUAGUGAAGAGUUUGGCAAGGCAAUGGUUCUAAUCAAACUUGAACUCGCACAGAAUUCUCUAAGGGAGCUUGGACUGACUACAGAUGACUUGAUUACAUUUGGAAUCCUGGCUAUUGCUUAUCUUGUAGUUGGCCUAGCAUUUAUUUUCCUGGGCAUCUUUGCCUUCAGUAGAGCCGAUAGCUUCAGUGCUGUGAUCAAUUCAGUAUUUCCUAUCGCAGCAGGAGCAAGCUCAGUAUCUCAGAGUUCUUCCAUUUACGAUAGAGUAAAAAUGGUCGAGGCUCACAUUGCAGAAUCCUUCAAAGAUAUGGAUAAGAAGAAAAAGAAAUAACUAGUUUAGAUUUAAUCGAACUUAAUCCAA